GUUUCGCCAUGGCUCACGUAACUGUACCGAUUUCCUCGCAGGUGUCCGUCAUCAUCAUCAUGCAGACAGAGCCGCUUGGAGAGCCUCUCCUCAACUUUUCCAUCGACCUCUACAAGCACUUAGUAGAGAAGAGCGGUCGUGCGGGAAAUAUUUUCUUCUCACCAUUCAGCAUCUACACGGCGCUGUCCAUGGCUCUAGCAGGGGCGCGUGGCAACACGGCUCGGCAGCUAGCCGACGUUCUGCGCAUCACCAGCGAAGAGGCCAACGCUUGCUUUUAUGAUUUACUCCCCAAACUUGAGGGCUUAGCCCCCGACGUAAAACUACACAUCGCCAACCGGAUGUACUCGGAACAGACAUUCCCGGUCCUGGACAGCUACCUUGCCCUUCUACGGAAUUCUUACGACACGACCGUCGAGUCCGUCGACUUCGGAAAACGCUACGAGGAGGUUCGACGUCGCAUCAACGCCUGGGUCGGAGAGGUCACCGAGUCGAAAAUCAAGGACAUUCUUCCCGACGACAGUGUAGACCAAGAGACCAUCCUGGUCGUGAUUAGCGCCGUCUACUUCAAGGGCAGUUGGGAGUCAUCGUUUUCUUCCAGGCUAACUCGCCCCAUGAGUUUUCACCUGGAUUCGAAGACCAAAAGAAAAGUAAUUAUGAUGAAGCAGAAAAACGACUUCAUGAUGGGCCGUCUCGCGGAUUUAGCGGCGAAAGCCUUGGAAAUCCCAUACCGCGGGGGGAAGGCCUCCAUGGUCAUCCUUCUGCCCGACAAAUGCGAUGGACUUUCCCAGCUCGAGGAAGGCUUGACCGCCGAGAAACUUUCGAGCCUCUUGAAAAACUUUAUCUUGGUACACGACGUCGAUCUCUUCCUGCCGAAGUUCAAGCUGGAACAAUCCAUCGACCUCAAAGAAACGCUUAGUUCGAUUGGGAUAAAAGACCUCUUCACGCCGGACGCCGAUCUCUGUGGAAUCAGCGAUGCGGGCAAUCUCGUUGUUUCCGAUGCGUUCCACAAGGCGUUCGUGGAGGUGAACGAGGAAGGCACCGAGGCGGCAGCUGCUACUGCCUUGAAAGCCGUGCUCUACUGCUCUUCCCCUCAGUUUAACGUGAACCGCCCGUUCAUGUUCCUGAUACGCUGUAUCGAUCCGCACAUUAUCCUUUUCGUGGGUUCCGUUCGCGAUCUUGGAUCUGACGAAUGCCCGUCACUGGCUGCCGGUGUCGAUGCAGAAAGCCCAGGAACGAGCUCUUCAACCCCUGUUUCUUCGGAUGACUCUAGUUAAGAGUGCACAAUAACAGCUCCACGUUAAACAUAGACAAACGCAGAGUAGUGACGUAUUGUUAUCUAGUAGCACGUAACAGCACCUUAUGAAAGUGUUUAGGCGUCACUUUUGAGACUGUGCGUAGAUAUGUCGCUUCUGCAGCCUCGUGUUGUGGUCGUCUGCUUUUUUUUUAUGUCGUGUUUUCUUCUAGUUGCAUACUUCCCAACAGCGUACUAAUUGUAAGCAGUCGCAAAUUAGCCCUCCACUCAGCAGCCAUCGCUGGCUGCUAGUAAAGUCUUUCAUAUUUAUACAGUGUUUUGGAAAAAGUGGAGCAAGCUUCGUAGGAAAAAAUUUCACGUCCUGGCUUUAACAUUUUAGCCAUAUGUAGGCAAGCUUUUAAUCUUGCAAGUAGUUCAUUCCAGACGCAGCGCUGUCCUAAAGUUAGGUAAUAUUUUGUAGCGUAACAUCGCAAGGCAACCUUGUAAAGUUUAUGAGAGCCGCCAUGGAAGGGGGCGAGUCUCCCACAUGUUCAACUUUCUGGUGUCCUCACAAAACAGCGUUCGCUUGCAUUCAGUAAUCCGCUCACUUCGUACUGCGGUCGCCAUUAGCUCAGCGUCCAGUGUUGCAAGAAACAACGCGCAUCUUUAACUGUUCUACAACGUAGCACGUCCAUCUCCUUUUCGAGCCCUGUUGAUGGUUGCAACAAAACUACAUCGUCUAGUCUUUACUCGCUGCACGCGAGUAAAGACUAUUCAUCGCGAGGUGCGUGAAUACAUCCGGAUAAUCUCCCCAUACAAAAUUGUCUCUUUCGGAUAACCCUUUAAUGCGAGGCCAGGAUUGAAGUGUGAGCAAAACCACCCACGAGAGAGAGUACAUAGAGGCCGCCUAUGCAGUGUGACUUAGUAGAGCACGAGUCGCUUAAUGCUCAUUUAGUGGGCAUGGCUGCCACCGUGACAAGUUUUCAUUUCUUCGCAUUCGGAAUCACUAUUCUCAUUCCUUUCGCACCGGGAUAAAACAUCAAUUUAUUUUAUUUUAUUAACACGAAAGUUUUAUGCCCGGUUCCACCAAAACUUCUGUGACGUAAUUCUGUCAUGGAUAUGACGUUGAUAAAAUACAUGUAAUGUAUCAGAAAGAAAAAAAAAACUGCGACAAAUAAUCCCCCCGCCCGGAAUCGAACCUACACCCUCUUGGCCGCGACGACAGCGCCCGACGCUCUACCGACAAAGCAACCGAGGCAGAUGCAUGCCACUCCACAAACGCGCCAUAUAUCUCACACAUUCUGUCUCGCAUGCUGCUCUCUGUUGGCGGGGCUAGGCGGGGCGGGAUGGUGUUACCGUCUGUAAGCGGGAAGUAAAGUAGUGCGGUUGGACAUUUACUAGCGCCUAUAGAGAAAGAUUUGUCGACGACGAAGUGAAAGCAUUUCCU